ACGGCACUGUGCCUCGUGAAAUGCGGCGGCCCCGCAUCAAGAAAAACAGGGCCCGGUUAAGUGCAUUACUCUUGGGAGUGUAAUAUCGUUGUACUAUCCCAGAAUUUUGUAACGAAACUAAGUGUUUAUACGGCGAAGAUUUAGAAGUCAUAUUUUUAUUCUUUUGCAGAACUAUUUGUGUUUUAAUCUGGUUAUUAGCAGUUGGAACAUGAAUAAAUCACAAGAUUAUUAUAUAGAAUUAUUGUGUGAAACGAGAAUGUCGAUUCUUUAAAACUGUGAUGAAAGCAAGGUUAUUUGCGACUAUGAAUAUGGAAUUUAUUCAAUAUGUUCAAAGAAUUCGAUAAUAAAAAGUUUAUUUGAUUAUUUGAAUAUUUGUGAAUUAUAAUUUUUUAAGGUGAAUAGAUAUUGAACUGAAUUAAUGUAAGACGCCAUAAACAAAAACGGAGAAGAUGAUAAAUUUUAGGUAAAAGAAAAAGUAAGUAAUGUUUUAAAUAAAUCAAGCGGUAAAUAAAGAUCAUAAGAAAAAGAAGAGAAUCAAAAGAAAGAAAGAAAUAAAGGAAACAAAAAGUUUGAAAGAGAGAAAACAGAAAGUUUGGUGGAUGACAAGGUAAGACUUGCGGAGGUAAGGCAUAUAAUACCGCGUGGGCCACCUCUUAAGUAGUAAAUCCGAUCUUGAGAGAGAGAGAGAGAGAGAAAAAGAGAGAGAUCUGAAAAGCAAGAAAAAGAGAGGAGAGACCGUACAGUGACCUAGAUUUUACCGGGUCGAACAAGGCAGAUCUGUACAAAGAAGUUACGGUAGACUUUCUGAAAUGGGACGCAGCGCAGCCUGGAGCUAAAUUAGCCGCAAUGUCUAAUAAGAGUAAGUCCCAGCCGCAGCAGCAGCAUCCUUCGCACGUGAUCAAGCCGACAGUGGAGCAAGUGCCACCGCGAUAUCAGCCACCACCACAACCAACCAGUGGUAUCCUCAAGAAUCAUCCUUACUUUGGUACAGGCCCUUCCGUGCCAACCUCGGUAUCUACAGCCGGUCAAGGUCCUAUCACAACUUUGAAUCAUCAUCAAACAGUGCAAUCAUCACGAUCUGUACCGCAACAGAAGGAUGCGCAAAGCAAAUAUUCACCGAGGAUAGAACAUCGACAUCAUCCUCAAAGCGGAAGCACUUUAACUGCGUCAGUUUCGAAAACGCAGCCUCAUAGUUAUCUUCAAGCCAAGGUCGGCCAAGGUCAGUACCUGCCACCUAACGGUCAGUAUCCUACGGUAAACACUGCACAAACACCGCCUCUCAGACAAAGGAUCACCGACGACGAGUUUCUUAGGCUGGGACCUGUGGAGAUGCUCAAAUUUGUUCGCAAGACCGAAAACGAUAUCGCAAGGCUCGCCGCCGAGCAGAAUAGACAGAUACAAAAUUUGCUUAGCGAGCUUCGAGCAUUAAAGGAAGCAAACCAAAGAUUAAGUGAUGAUAAUCAAGAGCUACGAGAUCUUUGUUGCUUUUUGGACGAUGAUCGUCAAAAAGGACGGAAAUUAGCGAGGGAAUGGCAAAGAUUUGGAAGAUAUACAGCGAGCGUUAUGCGUCAAGAAGUAUCCGCUUAUCAAAAUAAAUUGCGUCAAUUAGAUAAUAAACAGCAAGAGUUGAUCAAAGAUAAUUUAGAAUUAAAGGAACUUUGUCUUUAUUUGGACGAAGAGAGAGGAGGUGGUCAAAGAGAUGAUGGAGAUGGUUCAAGUUCAAGUACUAAUGCUGAAGAAACAGCACCUCCAAGACCAAGGCAUACAUCUACCUUUAAUGACCAAACUAUGCAAUAUGUAAGAAGUUUAGAACAGCGAGUAAAACAGCUGGAAGAAGAUAAGAGUGUUUUGCAAGCACGAGCGCAAGGAUGGGAGAUACCAUCUGGUGAAAUGUGGGAAAAUCAGAACAGUCUAGGUGAAAAUCCUCACAUGGGAAGUCGGCCAGAAGCAGUGGUACGAGCUCUUCAGGUUCUUGAAGUUAGAGAACAACUUGAAAGAGAAGGCGGCCAUGAUGGAGAAAAAGCUUUGGUCAGAGAAAUGUGCAAUGUUGUUUGGCGAAAAUUAGAAGAAGGGCCACAAACGAGGCAUUGAUAAUUAUAAGCGUGAUUACGAAUGAAACCUAUUGUUUAUUUGGAUAGUAUAUUUAAUAGUAUUAUAGUUAUUAAUAUGAAUGUUAUGAAAUUCAUAGAUUUAUAUGCAUGUACCUACAAGUAUUUUAAUGUAAGAAUCAAUGUGCCUAGAGUUUACAGUAUUUAUAUAAAUAUUGUAGUGUCGUUAGAUCGCAUAAAUUGUUAAUAAAUUUUAUUUUUAUUAUAAA